AUGGAGCCGCCUGCUGCCCUGCACGUCCCCCUGCCUGGCCCGCUGCUCGUCCUCCCCAUCCUCGGCUUGUCUGCCCUGGUCUCAGCCCAGUUUAUGGUCGUGGGUCCGGCUGAGCCCAUCCUGGCCCUGGUGGGAGAAGACACCGAGUUAGGCUGCCACCUGUCCCCUGAGAAAAGUGCCGAGGACAUGGAGGUGCGCUGGUUCCGGUCCCGGUUCUCGCCCGCCGUGCUGCUGUACCAGGGCCAUCGCGAGAGGACAGAGCAGCAGAUGCGGCAGUACCGAGGACGGACAACCUUCGUGAGCGAAGACAUUCGCAAGGGGAGGGUGGCCCUGGUCAUUCACAACGUCACAGCCCGUGACAACGGCACCUACCGCUGUUACUUCCAACAAGGCAGGUCCUACGACGAGGCCAUCGUGCGCCUGGUGGUGGCAGGUGUAGGGUCCAAGCCCCUCAUUGAGAUGAAGGGCCAGGAGGAUUGGGGUGUCUGGCUGGAGUGCACCUCCACAGGGUGGUACCCAGAGCCCCGAGCAGUGUGGAGGGACCCCUAUGGUGAGCUCAUGCCCGCCCUGGAGGAAGCUUACACCGAGGACACAGACGGCCUCUACAGGGUCACCAUGACCGUGAUUAUCGAGGACAGCUCUGUGAGGAAUGCAUCCUGUUCAGUCAACAACACCCUGCUGGGCCAUGAGAGGGACUCUGUGAUCUUCAUCCCAGAAGUCUUCAUCCCCAGCCCCCCUGCCUGGACGGUGGCCCUGGUGGUCCUCCUGCCGGCGCUGCUGUUCUUCACCACUGUCGGGGUCAUCGGCCUCUGCUCGAAACUCCACAAGGAGAAAGAAACUCUGUCACUGCAAGAGGAUUUUGAAGAUAAAGAGGAAGACACUGCAAGGAAAGAGCUGGAGCAACUUCAGGAAGAAUUGCGGUGGAGAAGAGGCCUCCUGCACGCUGCUGACGUGCUCCUGGACCCAGACACCGCCCACCCCGAGCUCUUCCUGUCCCAGGACCAGAGGAGCGUGUGGCGGGGCCCCUCCAGGCAGAUCCUGCCCGACAACCCCGAGAGAUUCGACUGCCGGCCAUGUGUCUUGGGUGUGCAGAGUUUCUCCUCGGGGAGACACUACUGGGAGGUAGAGGUAGGAAAUGUGAUGGUGUGGGCCGUGGGGGUCUGUGCAGACCGUGUGCAGAGGAAGGGGGAGGCCCUGCUGGUCCCUCACAAUGGCUUCUGGACCCUGGAGCUGUUUGGAAACCAGUGCCGGGUCCUGUCCUCUCCGGAGAAGAUCAUUCCCCUGAAGGAGCGCCUUCGCCGGGUGGCCGUCUUCCUGGACUACGAAUGUGGAGAUGUCUCCUUCUACAACAUGAGGGAUCGGUCCCACAUCUACACGUGUCCCCGCUCCCACUUCUCUGGGCCCCUGAGGCCCUUCCUCAGGCUGGGCUCUGAUGACAGCCCCCUCUCCCUCUGCCCAGCAUUCACGGGGGCCCAGGGGGUGACUGUGCCUGAGGGUGGCCUGGUUCUCCAUGGAGCAGGGACCCACCGCAGCCAUCAAGGCCAGCGCCCUGGUCUGAGAGCUCAGUAG